AUGACGCCGGGCGGUAACCCAGGUUAUCAGACGUCGACCUCAGAAGGAACCAAGAGCUCCACAACGGAAACCCGAGCUCCCGGGCCGGACCGGGGGGCUCUCCCAGCAGCAGACGGCCCCGGCCCUAGGUCCCCCUUCACUUCAAGGCCUCUUCUGGGGACUCGGGCCUCUCGGAACCGCUCCCCGGAGCUCGCCGCUCCCCGAGCUCGGCUUCACGCUGGCGCCCACUGCCCUGCCAGACCGGCCCUCAGCCUGAAGGCCCGUCACCUAGCAACAGUCGCCAGCACUCGGGGUCUUGGGAGGCCUAGCCCCGGCGCGGGUCCCUCUCCAUUCCUUCCUCGCUGGCCUUGGCAGCCCUGGCAGGUGCGCGGCCGGAGAGGAGGUCACUCGGUGCCCGGGGGCGGUCACUCACCUCUUCCCCUCUUCGCUCAGGAAGGGCGGCGGGGGCGGGGUUACGGGUCGGGGGAGGAGCCGGGGCGCGAGCUUCAGGCGGUUCUUUCAACCCCGCUGUUCCGUAACCUUGGCAGCCAGAGCCAGCUUCCCGGCCCUGGGCGGAGCAGGUCGAAUUUCAGGAGCCUAAGAGGUGGCUUCUGCCGGAAAAGAGAACGGGUAGUCACACAGAUCCUACUCAAAAAUGAGAGGAGUAGAAACUUAAGAAAGACAAUGGCAGCAGAUAUGCCAUUAAGAACAUACAAAGACUGUUUUACUGGUUCUGAUGCUGUUGGUGUAGUAUUAAGUCAUCUUAUGCAAAAUAUGUGCCUAAGUAGUAAUGCCAUGUUUCAUCUUAAAGGAGUUGAUCUUUGCCAAGUUCUAAUGAACCAUAAAGUAUUUGAAUCAGUAGGAAUGAAGCUAUUCAAAAAUGAGAAGAAAUUGGAAUUUGAAGUUUAAAAAAUACUCCACAGAUUUCUAGGCACCAUAGAAGAUUUUUGGAAACAACAAACAUUGUUGUAUAUUCUUCAAUUGAUUCACCUUCCAUUUGUGGAAAAUAUUUUGUAGCCAACAGUUAAAACACAAAAUCUUCAAUUAAAUGAAGAAGGAUAUCUUGUUACCUCAAACACUUAUCUAGAUGGAGAUGUUAUUCCAAGUUUCUGUGUACCUGGGUGA